AUGACACUACACGCCCGCCCCGCCACCGAGGCCGACCUGGCCCAAAUCGCCGACAUCGCCGCCGCCGCCUUCCACCCCGACACGGACGCCAUCUCACGACACUUAUUCCCGGCACACCUGCAAGAUGCGUCCGGCGAGGAAGACCCGGUGAGGAGCUGGCGCCUGGUACGCAAGGGGAUCAAGCUGCGCUUGGAAAACACCGUCAUGAUGGUCGUCGUGGACGAUGAGCUGGGCGGCCGGGUGGUCGGCUUCUCGCUGUGGGACACGCCGGCCGGGGGCGACGAGCCGCGCAGCGCCGUGUCGGCCCAGGCGCCGUCGCCGCUGCUCGACCAGGCGGCGUUUGCGGAGCUGCACCACGUGUUGGACGCGGAUGUGCGGGAGCACUUUGGCGUGGGCGGCAUCAAGGACGUAUUUCAUCUGGAUUACAUCGCCGUCGACCCGCACCAGCAGCGACGGGGGAUUGGAAAGAUGCUGCUCGACUGGGGCAUGAAAAAGGCAGAGGAGCAGCAGCGGAGCAUCUACCUCAUCGCCACGCCGGCGGGCCGGCCGCUGUACCAGGCCGCUGGGUUCGAGGAGCUUGCGCUGCUGCAGAUUUUUGACACUCCUCAUUACUCGAUGAUUCGGCGACAUGGCCAGCAAUAG